GAAAGAGAAUUCGCGUGCUGUUUCAGUAAUUCAAUAUAUAUUUAAAUUAUCAAAAUCCCAGAUUCUUUCUUCUCUGUAUCUUUCCACGACGGUUGACCUAAUUUAAUCGUCACAUCCAAUUGUAAUUUUGAGUCUUUAGAAAGAGAGAUUUGAUUCACAUCUGUUGAAAAAGAAGAUAGAUAGAUUGAGAGAGACAAACAAAAAAAAAAAAAACAAAAAACAAAUGGGGAAUUCAUUUGGGUGUUCGGCGUCCGGCGAGAGAUUGGUGUCGGCGGCGAGAGAUGGGGAUUUCGUGGAAGCGAAGAUGCUUCUUGAUUGUAACCCUUGUCUCGCCAAGUAUUCUACUUUCGGUGGUCUCAAUUCUCCUUUGCAUUUCGCUGCUGCUAAAGGCCAUAACGAGAUCGUCGGGCUGUUGCUCGAGAAUGGAGCUGAUGUGAAUUCCAGAAAUUAUUGCGGCCAGACGGCAUUGAUGCAAGCUUGUAGAUACGGACAUUGGGAAGUUGUGCAAACUCUUCUGCUUUUCCGAUGCAAUGUUACUAGAGCUGAUUAUUUAGCUGGAAGAACAGCGCUUCAUUUCGCUGCUGUGAAUGGUCAUGCCAGAUGUAUUAGACUUGUCUUGGCUGACUUUGUACCUAGCGAUAAAUUUAACUCUCUUCCCGAGUCUGGUGUAGUGGUCACUCCGAAAAACAAAUCCGAGCAAAGCGCAUUGUCUAAAUUUGUUAAUAAGGCGGCUGAUGGUGGAAUUACAGCUCUUCACAUGGCUGCCUUGAAUGGUUUAUUUGACUGUGUGCAGCUUUUGCUUGAUCUCGAAGCGAAUGUUUCCGCUGUGACUUUUCAUUAUGGAACAUCUAUGGAUAUGAUAGGUGCAGGAAGCACUCCGUUGCACUAUGCCGCUUGUGGUGGGAAUCUGAAAUGUUGUCAGAUUCUUCUUGCAAGAGGUGCAAGAAAGAUGACAUUGAACUGCAACGGGUGGCUACCUAUUGACAUAGCACGCAUGUGGAGUCGUCAUUGGUUAGAACCGUUACUUUCGCCAAUUUCGGAUGUCGUCAUUCCAACGUUUCCUCAUUCUAACUACUUAUCAUUGCCCCUUUUGAGUAUACUCAACAUCGCAAGAGAGUUCGGGUUGCAGUCUGCAACCAUCGCAGAUGAGGUCGAUAUAUGUGCGGUUUGCCUUGAAAGAACAUGCACAGUUGCUGCUGAAGGUUGUGAGCAUCAGCUAUGUGUGAGAUGUGCGUUAUACCUUUGCUCUUCGAGUAAUGUUCCCUCGGUGACAGUUGACCCACCGGGGUCAAUCCCUUGCCCUCUUUGUAGACACGGGAUUGUGUCGUUUAAACGGCUCCCAAGCUCCCAAACCAGAGAAAUGAAGUUACCAAUCUCACUCGGGUUCUGUGCACCGUGUAUGCUUCACACGGGAGACACAACAGAUCAAUCAUCACCAACAUGCCCAACAACAGAACAGCGUAGCAGUAAGACCAGGGCAGCCUCGGUUUCAUCUGAUAUGUUCUGUCCUGUAACAUGUAGCCCAUUCCCUUCAGUGAACAUUCCAAUGUGCACCUGCAACGAAGGAACAUGUCCAAACUUUGAGACACAUGGGACAGAGAGACAUAGCGAAGAACACGACGAAACUUCUCCUUCAAGAACAGCAAGUGAGCAGGAGAAGAUAGAAGAAGGGCAAAGGCUUGGGAAGACAACAACUUGUUCAAGCAUGUUCUGGGGAAGAAGAAGCUGCAGCAGAGAGAACCAAUGCAACUCCGAGAUCAAUGCAUGACUUGAUCACAUAAACAUUAUUUCUAUGUACAGAGAGAGAGAGAGAGAGAGAGAGAGAGAACCUAUGUCUCAAUCAUUUCUUACUUUUAAAAAUGGGAUGAGCCACACAGUCUUCUUCUUAGGUUUGUUUUGAUUAUUGGUGAGAUGCUACAGUUAUUAAAUUAUGGUGGAAAGAUUUGUAAUUAUCACCAUAAUAGUUGGGUCAGUUUGCAAAAUCUUUGUAUUUUUAUCA